CUCGACUGUGAUUCAUUGUUCCAGUUUUUCCAGAGACUACCAGGGUCCUUUCCUUGUGCUGGCCUAAAGCCAGCCUGAUCACCGUACUCGUAUCUGACUCACAGGUUGUCACAUCCUCUUCCUACCCCCUUUUUGGACAACCCCUCCAUCCAUCUUAAAACGGCCGAUAAUACCCUGCCCGCCCCACCCUUCCCACAACCUUUGAUAUCGACCUUCGACAAACUUUCGCCUGCAACCUGCAACUACAUCUACGAACGCAACCAUGUCCGAUCUUAAUUCCUGGGAAGACGACCCUGCUGCGCAGGAGGAGAAUCUCUCGCGGCAGGCACAGCAAAUGAACUUGAACAACAAUUCUCAGCAAGGAGGCAGCUUCCGACCGGGAGCGAAUUCAUUCCAGCCAGGAGCACCGCCCUUUCAACCAUCACAAAACUUCCAGCAAUAUGGGGGUGGAUACGAACAGCCCGGAUACCAGAACUACUACAAUGCGCAAGCUGGGCAGGGCUACGGAUAUCCUCAGUACGGCCAGCAAGGUAGUUACAACCAAUUCCCUCCGGGAGGGUACAAUGCUGGGUAUAACCAAGGCGGCUACAACCAAACCUAUGGACAGCAAUAUCCUGGCUACACACAGCAACCCCAAGCGGCGUCGGCCACUUCACAGCAGGCGCCUAGACCAACCCCGACAAUCGCGAAGCGACCUGCCGAUGGCUCACCAGGAUCUGCCGAGUUGAAUAAACCUAUCACGACGAAGGAUGGAGCACCAAAGGUUCUCAGCAUUGGAGGGGAUGCGCCCAAGCCAAAACCAAAAGUCCUUUCAAUAGGAGUUCCGGCUAUACCAAAAGCAGAGACGAAAAAAGAUACGCCUGCUGCGACAGCCGCUUCUUCAUCUGUAUCUUCUGCAUCAGCUGAAGCUGGAGCCAAAGUGACUGCAGCCAAAGCCAUUGAGAAGACCGAGAAGAGUACCGCCUCAGAAAGCGGGAAGACCUCGCCCACCCCUUCAUCCGGACGGUCCAGUCCCUCCCGGGGUGCUGCUAAGGCUACUGCUCGCGAUGCAGAUGCUGUUGAGAAAGAACAGGCUGCAGAUGUCGAUGAGGAAACCCUGAAGGAAAUCUACGGAAAAGAGCAUGUCAACAUCAUCUUUAUUGGCCAUGUUGAUGCCGGGAAGUCUACCCUUGGUGGAGCAAUUCUAGUCCUCAGCGGAAUGGUCGAUGAGCGCACACUUGAGAAGUACAAACGUGAAGCGAAGGAAAUGGGCCGUGAAAGCUGGUGGCUGUCAUGGGCCUUAGAUCUUACCAAAGAAGAACGAUCUAAAGGCAAGACCGUGGAGGUUGGGCGUGCUUUCUUUGAAACGGAUAAGCGACGAUACAGCAUUCUGGAUGCACCUGGUCAUAAGACAUAUGUGCCCAGUAUGAUUGGCGGGGCAUCUCAAGCUGAUGUUGGUAUCUUGGUGAUUAGUGCCCGGAAAGGAGAGUACGAAACUGGAUUUGAAAAGGGCGGUCAGACUCGAGAACACGCCAUGCUGGCAAAGACCCAGGGUGUCAACAAACUGGUGGUUGUCAUCAACAAAAUGGAUGAUCCUACGGUGGAGUGGUCAGAAGAGCGGUACAAGGAGUGUACCACUAAACUUUCUCAGUUCCUGAAGGGAACCGGAUACAACCUCAAGACUGACGUGUUCUUCAUGCCAAUUGCUGCCCAACAGUUGAUGGGUAUCAAGGAUCGAAUCCCGCCAGGCGUCUGCUCAUUCUACAAUGGCCCAUCUUUGCUUGAAUACCUCGAUAGCAUGGCAGCACUGGAACGCAAAGUCAAUGCACCUUUCAUGAUGCCUAUAAACGGCAAAUACCGUGAUAUGGGUACUCUUGUGGAAGGAAAGAUCGAGUCCGGGGUGAUCAAGAAAAGUAUGGCUCUGGUCAUGAUGCCUAACCGAGAAAGGGUCGAGGUUGCAGCUCUGUACGGAGAAACAGAAGAUGAAGUUAGUGCAGCACAAUGCGGAGACCAAGUCAGAAUUCGGUUGCGUGGCAUCGAGGAGGAAGAUGUCCUGCCAGGUUUUGUUCUAUGCUCACCAAAACGACUUGUGCAUUGCGUCAGCGCUUUUGAGGCACAGAUUCGUAUCCUGGACCUGAAGAGUAUCUUAUCAGCUGGUUUCAACUGUGUUUUGCAUGUUCAUUCUGCUAUCGAAGAAGUUACGUUUGCAGCAUUGCUUCAUAGCCUGCAGAAGGGAACAAACCGAAGAAGCAAGAGGCCGCCCACUCAUGCAAAGAGGGGCGACAGCAUCAUUGCAAGGAUGGAGGUCAUUGGUGGUGCGGGAUCUGUUUGUGUGGAAAGAUUCGAGGAUUAUCCCCAACUGGGACGCUUCACACUUCGAGAUCAAGGACAAACCAUUGCAAUUGGUAAAAUCACCAAGUUGAUCACUUCAGACGAGGUUGCUGCCACAGCCGCAGCCGCAUCUGCAACUGCUUAAGCGAUCAAUUCAUGACCUAUGACUUAUGAUUUGGGAGGGGAGGUGGUCUAAGGCGCAGGACGAGAACCAUCUUGCAUACAUGGAGGUUUUCAUCUAGACUAGGCAUCUGGGGAAAGGCCAUCGGCUGGGGUUCAGUGAGCGCCAAUGGUAGUCAGACAACCAAAAAGCCCAUCCCAUCACCUUAUAGCUUAGUUCUACUUUUUCCAAUCCUCGUUGCUAUGGAGUAUUGGUUAGAAAGCCAGUGAACUAACUUCAGAGAGACAAAGUGAAAUUGAUUUCGCGUCUCCUAACCGAGUCCC